AGAGAAGACGUGGCCAAAACAAAAGUGGAAAACAGAUUUUUAACGGACAUACUAAUUUGUCGGAAGAAAAAGGCUCUGUUUCGUAUUUCUUCAUGUAUAUAUGGCCGAGAGGAAGAUUGGCUUUACCCGACGAAGAUUCUGCGUGGAAUUUUUGGAAAAUGAGGCCUUCCUUUUCUUCUUCUUCAUCUUCAUCAUCAUCCUCUAGUUCUCAAUCGUUUAGGCUGUCUUCGGUGACAGUGGCUGUCGACAAAGCCACGAACGAGCUUCUCCUCACUCCUGAUUGGACCAUCGUCAUUGCCAUCUGCGACUCCCUCAAUUCUAAUCGCUGGCAAUGCAAAGAUGCGAUCAAAGCUGUCAAGAGAAGAUUAAACCACAAGAGUUCUAAAGUGCAAUUACUCACUUUAACGGUACUCUUUUUUGUCUUUCAUUUGUUGGAGGCAAUGCUUAAAAACUGUGGGGACUUUGUGCAUUCUCAUAUCGCUGAGAAACACAUUCUUGAAGAUAUGGUUAAGAUUGUCAGGAAAAAGGGUGAUUUUGAAGUAAGGAACAGAAUAUUGAUAUUGUUGGAUACUUGGAACGAAGCAUUCAAUGCAGUUGCUUGCAGACACCCUCACUACAAUUGGGCCUUCCAAGAGCUUAAAAGGUGUGGCGUGAAAUUCCCACAACGUUCAAAAGAAGCACCCCUGAUGCUUGCACCUCCACCUCCACCUCCCCCUACUUCCACACAGUCUUCUUCUUCUUCUUCUUCUUCUUCUAUGAACUUAAUGUCCAUUGGUUCGUUUCGAAGGCUUGACGAAACAAUGGCUGCGGAAAUUGAGAGCCUAAGCUUAUCAAGCCUUGAAUCGAUGAGAAAUGUGAUGGAUCUUGUGAAUGACAUGGUUCAAGCCAUGAAUCCUUCUGAUAAAUCAGCCUUAAAGGAUGAGCUUAUAGUUGACCUAGUAGAGCAGUGCAGAUCUAAUCAGAAAAAAUUAAUCCAGAUGCUCACCACAACUGCGGACGAGGAUGUUUUGGCACGUGGUCUCGAGCUGAAUGACUCUUUGCAGGUAGUGCUCGCGAGACACGACUCUAUUGCCUCAGGUGUCUCUCUUCCAAUGUUGCAGGCCCCAGAGACAAAGACUGGCGAUGCUGCUGCUCUUAAGCCUGACUCGGACGAGUCUUCUUCAUCAUCCAGCAGUGAAAGUGAAACAGAAGAGGGGGAGGAGGAUAUUAAAGAUGACUUUAUUCAGUUAGCCAAAAGGCACGCUCUGUUAAAUGCGGAACACAGCGAUGAAGAAGAAGAAACAUUGCUUCUAGGAAACACCAAUGAAAACACUGCAGAAAUAGAACAAGGCAAAGAGCUAGCUUUAUUCGACACAACAACAACAACGGCAACAAGCAAGUCAGAGCAGGACAUUAUUGAACUUCUCAGCCUAACUCUGUCAACAACUGCUCUGCCAACUCCACAAACGCAACCGCAAGAGCAGCCUCCACCGUUUUUCGCAGAUGAUAAUAUUCUUAUGAACAGCUACGUUGUCCCCUGGGCACAACAAUCUCAGGCAGAAGAAGCGCCGCAAGUCCCAAAAAUGGCUCAGUUUGCUCCACCGGGACCUCAGUUUCAGCCAUGGCUUCCGCAGCAGCAGCAACAACAACCGUUUUCAUACGGUUAUCCUCAGCCACAAUGGAGCAGUGUCCACCAAGUAAACAGUAAUGACCCAACAACAUUGUGGAGUCAAGGAGGAGGCAAUGAAAAUAAUAAGAUAUUUGAGAGAAACUUGCAAUACUCAAACUCCUUCCCGGCUAGAGCACCGGGGACAUCCGGUGGUGCUGCUGUGGCUGCGGUGGACGGGCAACAGCAGCAGAGACCCUAUGUUCCUCCGUACAAAUUAUUUGAAGAUCUAAACGUCUUCCGGAACGCAGAUGGUGGCGUUAGGAGUAGCAAAUGACCUUUUCUUUUAAUCAUAAGAGUUCCAAAAAAUACUUCAAAACUCUCCUAUAAAUUUACACAAUAAGACUUUGGAAACAAUGUGAUAAAGAAUCAGAACUAAAUUCUCGAUUUACCGGCGGCGGUGGACACAGUCGUAUUUUCUUCUACGCCGUCGCCGAAGAACCUUCCCCAAAAAAAAAAAAGACAAAUCAGUUGUAAUUUUAAUUACGUGGGCCAAUGGGCCUCGUUACAAAGGGCCUUCCAACAUGAAUUUGUUGGAGCGAAAUGAGUUUUUCUACGCGCGCAACGGGGCAAAGUAAAGUACACGCUCCAAUGGCAUCCGCCGACACCUUCCUUAACUUUA